AUGACAACAUCCAGCCAUGGCUCUAAUGUCUCUCGUAAGCGUCCGAUACAUUCCUUAGGUACACAUUUGAUCCCUUCGAAACGUUCCAAUAAUAUUACUAACAAUAACUCAGUCGCAUCUGAAUUACAACGCACUCGGAAACGUCUCCCCAUCUACGUGCAUCGCAGUAAAAUCGUCAGUGCUGUCAAUGGCAAUCAAGUUGUGAUUCUCGUGGGUGAAACUGGCAGUGGUAAGACGACGCAGAUUCCUCAGUACAUUUGGGAAAACGACCAGCAUCAUGCACGUAUUGCCAUCACACAGCCACGUCGUGUGGCUGCCAUCACAGUAGCUCAGCGCGUGUGUGAGGAGGUGAACCGUGGCCCGCUAGGCGACACUGUUGGCUACUGCGUCCGUUUUGACGAUACAACAUCCAAGAACACACGACUCAAGUUUAUGACGGACGGCAUGCUGGUACGAGAGGCACUGCUGUCUCCGACGCUUGAGAGGUACUCGGUGGUUGUAUUGGAUGAAGCACACGAACGGACACUGCAGACAGAUAUCCUGUUUGGUAUUGUGAAGCGUGCUAUGCGCAAACGCAAAGACCUCAAAGUGAUAAUCAUGUCUGCUACUUUGGACGUGGCAUUGUUUCGUAGAUUCUUUCAAGAGUUUAGCCCCUCAGUAAUUGAAGUCCCCGGACGGAUGUUCCAAGUCGACGUGUUUUACACGGCCAAGACACAGCGUGAUUAUCUCGACUCAGCGUUGGUGGCUGUGCUGCAGAUUCACUUGGACGAGAAGACAAACAAUGGCAGUAUUUUGGUCUUUUUGACGGGUCAAGAGGAUAUUGAAACACUCGAAACACUACUGGAAGAAUACGCUCGAACACUGCCUGCUGAUGCAUUGAAGCUGAUGGUGUGUCCAAUCUUUGCUGCCAUGCCACGUGAGCAGCAAAUGAAGGUGUUUGAGCUCGCACCUGCAGGAGUGCGCAAGGUGAUUCUUGCCACGAAUAUUGCAGAGACGUCAAUUACUAUCAACGGUGUGCGUUAUGUCGUGGACACGGGGCUCGUUAAGCAGCGCUCGUUUGUUGCAUCGAGCGGGAUGGAGAUGCUACAGACUGAAUCUGUUUCGAAGGCGCAAGCUUGGCAGCGUACGGGUCGUGCAGGUCGUGAGGCUGCUGGUAUUUGCUACCGCUUGUUCCCGGAGGAGACGUUCGAGCAGCUUCCAGAGCGUGCAAUCCCGGACAUCCAGCGUGUGAGUUUGGAAGUUGUGGUGCUGCAGUUGAAAUGCAUGGGAAUUGACGAUGUGCUGGGUUUCGACUUUAUUGAGAAACCGCUCAAGACGUCUCUGAUCAAGGCUCUUGAGAAGUUGUAUGCGCUAGAAGCGCUGGAUAAUAAAGGAAAGCUGACCACGCGCGGCCGACAGAUGGCUGGUCUGCCUGUCGAGCCCAUGUACGCUGUGAUGCUACUGAAGGCGACAGAGUUGGGCUGUGCCGAAGAAGCGUUAAGUGUCGUGGCCAUGUUGUCUGUCGAGUCCAUCUUCUAUUCUCCUCGUGACAAGAAAGCUGAAGCAGCACAAUCUCGCGCACGAUUCAUUGCUUAUGAAGGAGACCAGAUCACUUUGCUGAAUGUCUUCAACGGGUACAUCCAGUGUGGAGCGAAACAGCGAAACAAGUGGUGUCGCGAUCACUAUAUCAAUCACCGUGCCAUGACACGUGUCGAGAGCGUACGGUUGCAAUUGAAAGGGUACCUUGAAAAGCUCAAGUUGUCUAUUGAUUCUAGCUUUCCUGACAUUGACCCAUUGAGGAAGAGUAUCGUGGCCGGUUUUUUCCUAAAUACAGCCAUGCGGUCCGUCGCUGAGGGUCUCGGUAGUUCCAAGACUGCGUACAAGACAAUGUGUGGCCGGUCUGAGAUUGUCAAAAUGCAUCCGUCGUCUUCGCUUUUUAUGCGCAAUCCACCACCGAAAUGGGUUGUCUAUAAUGAGUUGGUCUUUACAAGCAAACAUUACAUUCGAUCGGUGCUUGUGAUUAAAAAGGAAUGGCUCAUGGAAUUGGCCCCGACAUUUUUUACCACGAAAAAUAGUGGUGAUAAAUAG